GACCUCACAACAGUAGGUGUAGCUCUGCAGGCCCUGGUUGUACAGUGCCCAGUGCCUGUCCAGAAAGCUGGGGCUGAGAGUCAUCUCCUCUUCAGAAGGUGCAUCCUUGUCAAGGAGCUCUAUGACCAUGACAAGGAGAUACACAAGGAAAGAAGUAAGUCUUUGGGCUUUUUAAUCCUCCUGAUUGUCUUUAAAGUAAUGGGUUUGCAAGUUGAUGGAAGGGUUGUGCUUAAGGGCCAUUUGAGCUUCUGGAAACCUCCCCGCUAAAGAAGUUCUCUGUAAACCUUUUAGGGGUAAGUGGCCAUUCCUGCUUUUGUCAGACUGGUGAACGAUCAGCAAAGUGCAGCUCUCAAAGGUCCAGCACAGGCUUACUUCAGUCAAACAUGAUUACCCAUACCUGGCCACCUAGAAUUUCCUGCUGGAAGUGUGCAUGGCCUGGCACUUCUUCCUGCUGCACCAAGGACCCAUUUGAUGCAAUUUCACUUCUUGUAAGCACUGGGCUGCCAGUCCGCAGCGUGGAUUUUACCCGAGGUACCGAUAACAUCACCGUGAGGCAAGGGGACACAGCCAUCCUCAGGUGUUAUGUAGAAGACAGAAGCUCCAAGGUGGCCUGGUUAAAUCGUUCCGGCAUCAUUUUUGCUGGAGAGGACAAGUGGUCCCUGGACCCUCGAGUAGAGCUGGAGAAGAGAAACCCCCUGGAAUAUAGCCUGCGGAUCCAGAAAGUGGAUGUCUACGAUGAGGGGUCCUAUACGUGUUCAGUGCAGACGCAGCAUCAUCCCAAGACUUCCCAGGUUUACUUGAUCGUGCAAGUUCCACCAAAGAUCUCCAAUAUCUCCUCGGACAUCACCGUGAAUGAGGGCAGCAAUGUGACCCUGGUUUGCAUGGCAAAUGGGCGUCCUGAGCCUGUCAUCACCUGGAGGCACCUCACUCCUACAGGCAGAGAGUUUGAAGGUGAGGAGGAGUACCUGGAGAUCCUGGGGAUCACACGAGAGCAGUCGGGCAAGUACGAGUGCAAAGCUGCCAAUGAAGUUGCCUCAGCAGACGUGAAGCAAGUCCGGGUCACUGUGAACUACCCUCCCACGAUCACAGAGUCCAAGAGCAAUGAAGCGGCCACAGGACGACAAGCCUUACUGCGGUGUGAGGCAUCAGCAGUGCCCACGCCUGAUUUCGAGUGGUACAGAGAUGAUACCAGGAUAAACAGCGCCAAUGGUCUGGAGAUAAAGAGCACGGGGAGCCAGUCUCUGCUGAUGGUGGCCAAUGUCACUGAGGAGCACUACGGGAACUACACCUGCGUGGCUGCCAACAAGCUGGGAGUCACAAAUGCCAGCCUAUACCUUUACAAACGAGUUUUACCCACACUCCCCAAUCCUUUUCCAGGACCCGGCACAGGGAGAGUAGACAACGGCUCCAUGAGUUUGGCCGUCCCACUGUGGCUUCUGGCAGCAUCCCUGCUCUGCCUACUCAGCAAAUGUUAAUACAAAUCAGAAUUAAAAUAAUAUUAUUAAUAAUAAUUAAAAAAACAACACGACAACAACAACAACACACAAAACAAAACGCGUUAUACAGGAGACAGAGCGAAGAGAGGGGAGAGAGAAAAAAGAGGGGGGGAGAGAGAGAGACGACUGUUUCUUUCACAACUUUUGUGUGUUCAGGAGCGAAGAGGGGGGAGAGGAAAAAUUACAGCAAAGAAGACUCAGCAACAUUUAAUCCAAAACCUGAAAAGCCGGCUGUCAAGUCAUCGACUGCCUAGGAGGCAACACGAAGUGAGGGAGAGAAUGGGGCACCAGCAAGGAUCGUGUCGCCAGAGGAUGCUGCAAUGUAAACAAUCCAACAAAACCUGCAAAGCCAAUCAAAAAGAAGAUCCCUUUUCUUUUCUCUCCUCCUUCCUCUUUUCCAUACUCCCUCGCUGUCCUUCCUUCCUCCUCUUUCUUUCUUUGCAGAAAGAGGUCUUUGCUUCGGUGUCUAUAGCCAUUUAACUUUUUGGAUGCCCUGGGUCAUUUUUGUGAGCUAAUGCUCUGCCAGUUCAUACUUUUAAAAACAAAUUAAAAAAAAAUAGAAAAAAAGAGAAAAGAAAAAAAGAGAAAAGAAAAAAAAAUCCAGCCACAAACCAGAGCAAGUCACCUGAAGCUCUCUGCACACUGGUGUCCUGUGAAGAACCCCUUCCUCUCUUCACCCUGUGCUCAUGUGCACCCAGCCCUUGCUAAACACCUUAUUUCCUGUCCCCUACUUCAUGCAACAUCACCCCCACAGGCCUAAUCUAAAGCUGUGUCAACUCUAUUUUUCUUUUUUUCUUUUAAAAUCCUCUUCCUUCCCCCCCCUCAAUUCAACCAGGUGUCUUUCUCUUUCUCCUGUGUAUGCCUGUGUGCGUGCGUGCAUGCAUGUGUGGCUCUUGCUCCAUCUUCACUCUUUCUCUCUUUCUCUUGCUCUCUCUAAGCAUGCAAAAUGAACAGUCCAUGUGUACAUAUGCUCAUCCUGUUGUAGAUAAUGUCCUGCCUUGUAAGUCUGAAACAAGAUGCAGAAAGCUCACUUAGGCAGAGAAGAGGGGUGAGGAGAGAGGGGCAGCUGCAAAACAGGUUCACAUUGUGUCCCCUCUCCUGUGUCCUCACUGGCUUUUUGUCUUCUGGCCACCUUGCUUGCAAGAGUCAGUCUGCACUGUUGUCUAGGCUUUUUCUCCUCUCCUACUUCCAACCUGUUUGGCUCUCAGCCUCCAAGUACCAGCGUAGCAGCUCUUGCUAUGCAUGAGUGCUUGCACACACGCAUGGGGCUGUGCACUCAUGUGCAAUUGUCCAAGCAAGCAGAAGAAACCAGGACUGGCCUACAGCACUAUGGACUGAAGAGUGUAGUCACCAUUCCUCCUGGGGAUGGGAGGCUGGGCCGGUGGGAUGUGAGUGAUGAGACCUUGGAUGUCACCAAGCAUCCAUUCCUUUUAGGUGCAGUGUGCAUAGGAACGAUACCUCAACAUGAAAACCACAAUCUGGUCAUUCCUAACCAUUUUGGUAGACAUGCAAAAAUAGAGCCAAUACCCUUUUUUGUUGCUUUAUUGUUUCUGUUCUUACUGUCCUCCCUAGUAUAAAAGGAAAUGUAGACUGUGUAAGGGUGAGUGUGCGCAUGCAUGUGUGUGUGCUGUAUAACACUGCUAUUGCAAAAGUCACUGCAAAUUCUACAUUUGAAAGAAAUUGGGUCAGAAAAUGUCCAGGACCUGCGAAUAUAAGAAAUAAAACAAAUGCCAGGUCCAAAAUCCUGGGCUUACAAAGAAGGAGCUUUAAAAUGAUGCAGCAAAGAAGUGGGUAGCACAAUUUCCCCUGCUCUUCUCUUAUCUCAAGGGUGCUGGUCUUGCUGGAGAGUGCCCCACACUUCCCAUGUGGCAGAAUCACAUACAGAGGUGCCAACAAGAGAGGCUUUAGUGGUUCCCAAGUGAGGAGGCGAGAAAAAGCUGUGAGAAACAGGACUGAGAAAAUGCUGGGCAGUGGCUGCCCAGCACAAGGUCUGCUGCAAGAGCCAGAGUGAGCAGGGGCUGCAGUGCCUGUGUGUGGGUCGGGGCAGUGCAGGGAAGACUCCUGUGUCCCCUGGCCUGUCACAAGCCAUAGUAUCCACCAGCAGCAAAGAUGAUAAAACACAGGGUUUAUCAGGUGGGCCUUUGUUGGAAAGAGAGGUGUGCAGGGGAGAGCUUGAUUUAGCCCAGUGAAGUAGAGUGACCAUCCCACGACAGCAGAGUGUUUUACAGACACUUAGCUACUCAGCUUUCAAGUAGCAGCCAGUUUGCUUCUCUGUCUUUGCCCUGGGCACUGGGGCAGUGGCAGCACACUUGGCAGCCGUGCACACAUGCAGACAAGGGGGAAACAGCUUGGCCUUGCAGUGUGCGGGAGGGGAUGCCUUGCACUGCGGCACUGCUGGUGCUGCUGAGCUCAGCUGUUCCAAGAAGUAGCAGGCAGGCAAUUAAACAGGCAGUCAAGGGCUCCUCCCAGGCAGCCAGAAGUGCAAGGAAAUUUAUUAAAGAGACACAUGACAGGCUGAAGUUUGGGCAUUGCAAGAGCUGCUGUGGGAUUGGAUGGCGGUAGUUUACGCUCCUCCAGACCCCAAAGCCAUACCUGCAAGUUGCAAGUGGGCAACUGGUGCUUGAAAUCCACCCAAGGCAUCCAGGGAUAGCUGCCUUCCUCCAAAAUAGAGCAGUCAUUGAUGGGACUGGGGCAUUUCCUUUGGAGACUGGUGUGUGUCAGCCCACAAAAAAAUAUGCCCUGCAUCCUUCAGAGCAUUCAGCCGUCCCAGUCCUCAUGUCUAACCUUCAGGAGAGCCAUCGAAUUCAGAGUCUUAGUAACAAGUCCAGAUUUUCUGCUGCAGCAGGCCUCCUCUUUCCCCUGGUGUGGCCCUGAGCUGAUCCUGGUCCUAGAAGCCAGGUCUGGGAGCUGCACCCUUUCCUGCACACUGGCAUGAGGGAAAACACCACAGUGCUCUUUCUCGGGGCUGUAUCUAUGCCUGGAUUUAUUGCCACAGGAUUUAUUUGUUGAAAAACGUGGGCAGCCUGCAGUGUCUUGCUGUGACAGGCUGCUCCUAAGGGCUGAGUCAAGCCCACUUAAUUUCUCUGAUGUCAACCCGGUUGCUAUGGUAGCACCUGUCCCAUGUGUUCUCUGCAUGUGUUUUUGUCACCGUGGGGUCACUCCUAGGCACUGGGGACAUACACAGCAGACCCCUAUGAUGUGGUGGUGGUCAUCAAGUCCCGGCACCUCAUUAUCUCAUGUCUGUUUUGGUUCAAAGAAAUUUUGAGAGGAUGUUUUUUAGAUGUCAAGGCGUAUGGUUAAAAGGGCGGUAUCUCACUAAAAGCAGGACAACCAUUUUUUUAAGCCAUCUGCCCAUUAGUGGGGAAAAUGGCCCCAGCCCCAUGCUGAGAUCUGGUCUUUCCUGCAGAUCCUGGGCAGAUCUUUGUUUCUGUUGCAUGGCUGUGAAACAGGGUGAAAGCCAGUUAAUUGCAGAUUUCUCUGAGAAAAUUCACCAAGUAUGCCUAUUGUCUGCAGAAAUGCUGGGAACCCCAGUCCUGGCAAUAUCUGCUCCGAGGGAAAAUGUGGGUAGGUUGGAGCUUGAUUUUCUCCAAGAAUCUAAUCCUGUGAGCUGCAGUGUGCCUCACAGGGUGCUGUAAAAACCCCCCCCGUUUCUCCUGAACUCAAGCUCUCCUGAACUUUGAGGGACUGCUCAAAGCACCUGUUCAGAGGUGAUCCCAGAUGAAUAAAGGAAACACAGUUAAGGUCUAAUGCUUUUUCCCAUUCUUUCUCCCCUCCAUCCUCUGAUGGAGAUGUUGCAAUGGCUUUUCUUGUGUCUCAGGCCCUUCUCUCUGAAACUCUUUCUCCUCAGCAUCUCUCCUCCCCGUUUGCAUUGCUAUCUUUCUCAUCAUCUCCCAAAGAGAUGUGUUCUUGCUUCCUGCUGCCUCUCAGCUGGUUGGGGACCAGGGAAGGUGGGUGUUUGGAAUGGGACACCAGUUCCUUGAGCUUGUCAGUGUAAUUGUGUUUGAUUGAUGGAGAUUUAACAUUUAGUGUUAUAAAAAGAUAUGAACAAAAUGGAUAAAAAAAUUGUAUUUCUUCUACUGGUUUGUAAAUAUUACAAGAGUUACAUGAGAUGUCUGGUAAUGUCAAAGCAGAGGAACAAAAACUUAGAUUUCAUAUAUGGCCCCAUAAUUGCUAGCAGAUUUCUAACCCUUUUCGGAUGACCGAGAGGAGGGGUGAAGGCAAGUCUUUCUGAAAGGAACUGGGCAGGGGAAAUGCAGCCACCCCGAGCCACAUGAACUCCAUGCACGAUUGUAGCGUGUUGCUUGGAGCGUGUGCCUGGUGAGAUGGAAAACGAAGCAAACGCCUGUCUCUGAACGGCUGGGAAGGGUGACGUGGAAUGCUCCAGCCGACUGACGCCUGUAUCUUGGCAGUUGUGUUCAUUUCUGUUUGUUUGCAGCCCCGCACACAUGAGCUCGUUGCUCAGUGAUGCACCCUCUCCUCCUCCCCUGUACCCGCUUUCUUCACCAGUGAAGUUGUCGCCCCAUGCUAGCCCUGAGUGCAUGUGAACGUGCCAUUCAUGGAGAUCUCAUUGGUGACAUGCAUUGUGUCAAGAGUUAGUCUUUGUCUGCACAUCUUUCUCACACCACUGACCAUUCACGAGCAGAUCGCUCGUGCACUGCUGCUUGCCCCACUUUUGGUCAAAGAACAUCCAAGCCCCACCAGCUCAUAUUAACUCCAGGUGCAUCCAGACCAUGCCCCCAGGCCACCUGUCUGAGCAACCCCGUUCUGAAAGUCCAGGCACACAGCAUGGAUAAAGCCACCAUCAAAAGCCAUGUGGUCUCCAGGCUGAGUGGAAGCUACACAUCUGGAAGGAAUUUGGGGGAGCAGCAGAAAGUCCUGAUGAAACAAGAGGAUCUGGGAAGUUGGAGUUAUGCUAGAAUCCUUCACAGACCCACCAGCAGAUGAUAUUUCAGCUCAGUUUUUGUGCAGUGUUUCAUCACUUCGCCAUUCCCUGGUGAGGGUAUCUAUGGGCACAGGGAAACACCUCCUCUCCUCCCAGUCCCUCACACCUCUGCUUCCUCUCCUCCAAGCACACUGACCUGCAGCCCAAAUCAUCAUGGUGCUCUUACAUGGGGGAUGGCUGACCAAGACAGUAUGACAGAGGAGGUGCCAGGGAGGUGAGCAGUUCUCUUUUUCUCUCUCUCUCUCUCCCCUGAUGGUGCACAAUCUUACUGCUUCUCUGACUCAAGGACACAAAACUUCUUGAGUUAGGGAUGCUGGGAGCAAACUGUCCUAUGCGAAGAGCAAAACUUGAGGCAGGGAAGUGAUGGAGAAGCUGGAUGGUAAUUUCCGAAAUGUGAUGCCGGUGGAAAAGGGUAGGGAUGAGUGCUGUCCAUCAUCCAUGCGCAGAACUCUCAGGUUCACCAGCAAGGAGACCAUGGCCUCUCAACACUAAUCUUAGAGUGGUUUCAUUUCCAGUGGGAUGCCCAGAAGAUGCUUUUUUUUAAUUGCAUGACUCUGCUGACUAAGAGCUGUGUCAUACCACUAAAACCUCUUUCACUUUUCCUUCUUGUAACUUGCUAGAACAGUGAUCGGACAGCUCCCACAGCCCCCAAAAUUUUGCCUAAUGGUUGGUUUCCAUUAGGACAACAUAUGGUGCUUGCUUGUUGGUUCACUCGCUGUAACAAGAGCAGAACUCAUCUUGCUGAGAGUAUCUCGGUAUGGUCCUCUGUACCUCUGUGGGUCAAGGUGAUGGAGUAAGGCAAGGAGACCUGCCAAGGCAGACCUUGGGUGAGAGGAGCUGCUCUCCUCAUCAGCCCAGGCAGGUGGGAAGCAAAGGAUCCUUCACUUGCUGCAGGCUUGGGUUAGCUGGUGCCACAGCAACUCAGAGUGCCCUGCAAGCCUUGUAGAAGCGCCCUGGCAGUGAAGAAGGAGGGGGCAGUGACAGGGGGACAUGACUGCAGCACAGGCGGUGGGAGCUGCAUGAGCAGCAGGGCUCCUUGGGCAACGCAGCUGGGGAAGGGGCAGAGAUUGCAUCCCAGAUGGGCCCUUCUUUCCCUGCCUGUCUUCAUGGUGCAUCAGGAGCUCCCUCCUGGCCUCCCAGGGCAUGCUCACCGUGCAGCAAAAUGAGCCUCAGUGAGUAAAGCAGUGUGACCCCAUGGUGGCUCCAGCCGUGUCCUGAGAAAAGGCAUGUGGAUGUUUCUGUUUGUAACAGAGGGGUCUUGGGUGGAGAUGAGGAGCAGGGCCUACCUAGGAGCCAGACAGUGAGGAGAGCACGUCCCAGGCGGGGCUGUCCUUCUCCAGAAUUUGCUCCCCAUCUGGCCACACACAGGCGCAUACGCACACGCCCGCCAGCUCCACGGCGCACAUGCUACAGGAGUGCUCUUGGGGCACUCUCCUUCUGCACACCCUCCACCACGCACAGCCAGGCAGGCGCUCAGCCACCUGCUGCUGGCGGUGGCUCUGUCUGUGGCAACACAGCUACGUUAUGACCUCCCGAGGAGCCAGGAGAAGGCAUGUGCAUGCCUGUGCCUGUGCCUGUGGGAGCACACGUGUGUGCCAGGACAGGGAGGAGGGGGCACAGUGCAGGAACUUGCCUCCAUGGUGCCACCUCCCAAAAUCAUUCAACCUUCCCAGCUGGAGCCAAGAUCCAUCCUCUAGACCUUGAGAAUGAAGGCCAGUCCCUUCUUCUUGCUACACGGUGGGGUGGUUAGAACUCUCCUCAUUAACAGUGUUAUAUACAUAUAAAUAUAUAUAUAUAUCUAUAUCUUUAUAUAUAUUUUUCCCCAGCACUGUAGACAUGAGCUGAACUUCUCUUUAACGAAACGAGAAAAUGGCCAUUUUAUUUUUUGCCAUUGUUUUGGUUUUGAAAGUAGUUCUGUGAAAGAAAAUUUUAAAAGCGCAAGUGUGUGUGUAAAAGAGCCAAUCAAAAAAACUAAACAACCCAAUGAACAAAUGAUCAAAACCCAGUGAUGGAAAAAAAAAAAGAAGCUUUUUAUUUUUUCUUUUCUCAAUGUAUUUAACUUCUGUUAUCUCGUUUCUGUUUCUUUACAUGUAUGAAUGCUCUGCUCUUCUGUGAUCUUAAAAAAAAAUUACAAAAAAUACAAAAAUUAAAUAAACGUGAAAAUGA